AUGUCCCAAGUAUUAAAAUCUUCAUUGAGUGUGAAAUCACUCAAUUCUAUUCUUAAAACCAAUAAAGCAUUCCAAGCGAGCGAAGUGAAAAUCACUGGUGAAAAGGAUUAUAAAAGCGAUCCCCUUGGAAUGAUUGAUGUCAAGAAAAUUCUCCGAAAAAAAAGGCAUGUCACAUUUAAAGAACCGGUUGAUGAAAAUCAAGUAAAUUAUAAUAAAGUACAGAAAAAUGCCCAUUUAGACAAUUGCAAUUAUGUAUUUCAAGAAGUGAACUCAAAAAUAUCAGAAAUGCUAGGAAGCCAACGUGAAUUUUUUUCUCACGUUAUGGAAGUAGAUGAAGAUAAAAGUAAUUCUAAUUGAUUUAAAUAUCAAAAUUCAAUUAAAGAUCUUAAGAUGAAAGAUCAGAAUUUUGUAUAA